UUUGGUUGGUCCAUCUCUUCGUAGGCAAGAUACUCAAAUGAGGCAAUCAGUUGGACCUGCUGAAAGACUAGCAAUCACAUUAAGAAGAUUGGCUACAGGUGAUAGCCCACAGUCUAUAGCAUUUGCUUAUCGUCGUGGGGCUAGCACAGUUCGUGCGGUUGUUUACGAUACGUGUAAUGCACUUUGGAGAGUUCUUGUCCCCACAUACAUGAAGGCUCCUUCGCAACCUAGUGACUGGAAGAAAAUAUCUGAAGGAUUUGCUUAUACAUGGAAUUUUCCAAACUGCAUUGGAGCACUAGAUGGAAAACAUAUCGCAAUUCAGGCUCCGAGAAACUCUGGAUCUUUAUAUUUCAAUUAUAAAAAACACUUUUCCUUGGUGUUAAUGGCUUUGUGCGAUUCCCAGUACAAAUUUAUCUUUGUGGAUAUUGGUGAAGCUGAAAGAUGGAGUGAUGGGGGAGUUUUUGCUAAUUCACAAUUUGGAUCAGCUUUUUUAAAUGGUGAGAUGCAUCUACCUGCUGAUGAGCCUUUACCAGGAACAAAUGAAAGCCUUCCCUAUACUGUGGUUGCAGAUGAGGCAUUUCCUCUUAAAACCUGGAUGAUGCGACCUUAUCUAGGAAGGGUACUGGAUUGCCUUCAAAAGAGAGUUUUCAACUACAGAUUGUCAAGAGCUCGGCGAACAAUAGAAAACACCUUUGGUAUAAUGGUAUCCAAGUGGCGAAUACUUAAAACAACCAUUAUAGCAGAACCAGAAAAUGUGUCCAAAAUUGUCAAGGCUACUUGCAUUUUGCACAAUUUCCUCCGAACACGCCAUGUUUCCUACAGUCCAGCUGGUUUCACAGAUACUGUGGAUCCAUCAGGAAAUGUUCAUGAAGGGUCUUGUAGGCAAGAAACAACCCGUGUGCUUGAACCAUUAGCUCGCAACAAACAAAGAAACUACAGUAGUGAAGCAUCCAAAAUCAGAGAAAAGUUUGCAAUGUAUUUUAAUUCAGAAGUUGGUCAACUUUCAUGGCAGCAGGAAUAUGUGAAAAGAACUCAUUGAUAUAAUUUUAUUUUACUUUUUUGUUGUAAUAUAGAUAAAGCACAAUUAUUUUUCAUUACAUUCAAUGUCAAAAAGAACAUCCUGGAUUC